GCGAGUUGGGCUCCAGUUCUCGUGAGAUCUCGGUGUAGGACAAGGAGGGAGAUCCAAGCAGGAGCGACGGAGCCGGCUGCGGCGGCAGAGAGCUCACAAUGGAGAACCUGGAGGAUAAUACAACUGUGUUCUCCACCCUGAGAUCUUUCAAUAACUUCAUUUCACAGCGUGUGGAGGGGGCAUCUGGUCUGGCCACACCAGAAUCAUUUCAAAGUACCUUGCAUAUGCAGUACCAGCAGAGGGUGCAGAUGGAGGAAGAAGCUAGUCAAAUCCGUUCCAAAUCUCAGCUUCUGCAAGUGGAACGGGAGAAGAUGCAGAUGGAGCUGAGUCACAAAAGAGCUCGCAUUGAGCUGGAGAAGGCAGCUAAUACUAAUGCCAGGAGCUACGAGCGAGAGGCUGACCGUAACCAGGAGCUCCUCACACGUAUAAAGCACUAUCAGGAAAAGGAAGUGGAGGCUGAGGCUAAGCUGAAGGAACAAAUGGAGAUGAAUAAAUCCUAUAAGAAGAGCAUGGAGACUGUGAGCAAGAAGCUGCAGGAGAAGGAGAGCAAACUGGCUGAAGCUAAUGAAAUGAUCAGCGUAUUGAAGGGGAAAAUAUCUGAGUUGCAGUGGAGUUUAAUGAAUCAGGAGAUGCAAAUGACAAGCCAGGAAUCUCAGAAGCAGGAGCUGAUGGAACAGCUGGAUGUGCAACGCAAAAAAUGUCAGGAGGCCAACCAGCAAAUCCAGUUGCUGCAAACAAGCCAGUCUCUGUUGGCAGAACACGAGCAGAAAAUUAAGGAUCUGGAACAGAAGCUCUCCCUGCAGGAACAAGAUGCUGCAAUUGUGAAGAACAUGAAAACAGAGCUGGCCCGAUUCCCAAAGAUGGAACAGGAACUGCUCCAGCUCAGGGAGGAUAAUGCCUUCUUCAGGGAAAUGAAGGAAAACAAUGGGUUACUUAGAGAGGAGGUGGAAGGUCUCCAGAGGAAAUUGGAGCGCUAUGAGAAGGUUCAGGCAGAUCUAGUGACCCUUGAAUUGGAAAAUGAGAAACUUCUGGGAAAGUUGAAAAGCUGGGAAAAACUAGAUGAGAGCACUGGCUUAAAUAUCAGGACCCCUGAUGAUCUCUCACGGCAGAUUGUUGCCCUGCAACAGAGGGAGCUUGUUCUGAAAGAGCAGAACUCUACCAUCACAAACAGUGCCAGAAUAUUAGAGAAGGCUCGGCAGCAGCUACAGGAAGAGGUAUUACGGAUCCAGAGCCAGCUACUGGAUGAGAAGAAAAAACGUGAGCAGCACGAAGGUCUUGUCAGACGCUUGCAGAAACGAGUGCUGCUGCUUACCAAGGAGCGUGAUGGAAUGAGAGCAAUUCUGGAGUCAUACGACAGUGAGCUGACCCCAUCGGAGCACUCGCCCCAGUUGAGCCGGCGCAUGCGUGAAGCAGAAGAAAUGGUGCAGAAGGUGCAUGCGCACAAUGCUGAGAUAGAGGCUCAGCUGUCCCAAGUUUUGGAAGAAGUGGGGACCCAGAAGCAAAGAGCAGAUAUGUUGGAAGUGGAGCUAACGAGCCUGAAGUCUCAGGCAUGCACAGCAGCUCAGAGCACCUUCAUAGCUACUGAGGAAGUGAACGCACUCAGGUUAAAAAUCGAAGAGUUGGAGGCUGAGAGAGGGCGGCUAGAAGAAGAGAACAAGUCUCUGGAAAUGAAAUUGGAAAAGCUCACUCUCCAGGUUGUUCAUCAGAAUGACCUACCUGAAGCCUGCAUCAUCUCCACUGAUGGGUUGGCAAAGGUCUCGAAUUGUGAUGUGCUGAUAGAAACCCUGUGUGGCACCCUGCUGCCCAAAAAGUUAGUCCAAUGUAUGGCAUGUGGAAUUUUACCUUCACUGGGUAGUAGGGAAGUUUGUGCUUUUACUGAAGAUCUCAGUGGAUGUGACGUACAGUGUAAGACUAAAUGAAGUGAGUGCAGAGUUUCUGGGACUGUCUCCUUUUGCACCUCCUUGGAGGAACUCCUUCAGUACCAGCCUGCUGAACUGCACAGAGGAGAGUAUAUGUGGGAGAUGGCUAUCACGCUCCACCUGCCUUGGAUUUUCAUACCAGGAAACCACGGAAGGGAAAGGAAGUUGUCAGCCAUGCUCCUGUGACAACACACAGGUUUUCCAGUGUAUCAAUUACAGGGUAUUGCUUCUCCAAUCCAUAUAUGAAGAACAAGGUGUGCUGGCUGACAUGUUGUGCUGCUGACCCAAGGUGCCACUAGCAAAUGUGUUCACUGGUUUGACCUCUGAUCCACGUGGCAUGGAGCCAUGUCCACUGUAACUGCUUUAUGACACUUCUGCAGCACAAUGCAUCAUCCUCUUUGUUUGUUUUAGUCAUCUGUUGUCUCGUUGCCUUCUAAGAUUGUCCCUUCCCCAAAGAGCUGACUGCAUUUUUGUUAUAUGUGUACAAAGUGCUUGACUUAGUGGGCCCCCAGUCCCUGGUUGCAGCCUUUUGAUGCUACCACAAUACAAAUGAAAUUGUUUGCUCUAAUGAGUAAUCAUGUCAUGUCGUGUAGAAAUAAGAUAAGAUCUCUGCCUCAACGAGCUUGCAAAUGUAAGUUAAACGUACUGUAAGACAAGGACUGAAAAAAAUAACCGCAAACCCGCAAUCCGUAAGGGGAAAGGACAGUAUGCUGUGCCUUGGGGGGGAGAGGUAUUUUUGGUUUUGCACACUUGAGCUUAUAGACGUUUGAGUUCUCAUCUUAUAGUAACUUUUAGGGUUUGGUUGUUUUUUCCCCCAAAUAUAAUUAAAUUAUUAGCACAGGAGAUGCAGUUGGGAUCCCAUGUAUAGAUUAGUGGCCAGUGCUUGUUUUCUAUGACAAUUACCAUUUUAUGGUUGGCUGCUGGAGCUGGCGUUGGCCAGGGUCCCCCACAUAGAAUUCUAAGGUUCUCCAGGAAGAUGGACUUUGAAUCAAGCUCUAAUAAUUAAUUACUAUUUGAUCCAAAAGUUGGUUUGAUAUAUGUGAAGUACCAGAAGAUAUCUUUUAAUUACUAUGGCAUGGUCCUGAUAGAAUCAAAGUGACCCAAGAAUAAAAUGGAAAGGUUAUGCUUUUAGACUUUUUCUCUUCAAGACAUUAUUCCUAAGAACAAUACUGUAGUUAGGCCACAAGAGUACAUUCUAGAAUGAUUUGCAAUAAAAGAAGAAUGUACAGUGCGGGAAAAGCAGGAGCUUGUGGUAUACUAAUGAGAAGGAAAGUAGGUGAGCGAUUAAGUUAGGUAUGUGAUAAAGACUGGAAAAAUACAUUGGAAUACAAGGUGAUGAAACAAGAUGGAGUGUGAUAACCCUGACAGUUCCCUCUGUGGUUUUGCUCCCCACUCACCAAAAGCCUUUUUUAAACUAUAGUUUUCUAAUGUGCUGGGUGGGGCAUGAUGUUUGCGUUCAUGAUAAUGCAUGUAUUUCAGUUGCCAUUGGGGUUGUGAAAACGUUAUUUAAAAAACAAAUCAGUGUAUGUAUUCAGGAUCAUUCUGCACUCAAGUUUUUUAACUUCUCUGAAAUAUUUAAAUGAAGAUAAAUACACGUUUGAAAGCAUUUUUCUGCUAGAAACAUUGCUUUUCAUUUAAUUUGUGUGUAAAUGAA